UACAUUUUUCGCCAAAAAUAAUAAUAAAAGUGAAAAAUUUUUUUUGUUAAUAUACGUUUAUUUGUUGUACAAAGGAGAAAAUGUUAUUAAACUGAUUGGCCGCCCCAGCAUUUUCGUGACCCCCGCUCCAAAUACAACAAAAUCAAACGGCCGCCAGCAACAACAAGGUGCAGUAAAUAUUCAGUGCGCUGCGCCUAUCGCCUUCUUUAACCGCCAAUCGCUCCUGCUCCUGCUCCUGCCCACUAACCAAGUCAAACCAAAAGAAGCGAUUACUCUCCAAGCGCCAGCGGAAGUGAAAUGAUAAAGUCCACCACGAAUCCACAGGAACAGCGUCUGCCACGCCCCGAGGAUCAGUCGCCAGCGCCGCCGCCGCCCCCCUCCUCAGCCACCACCUCCACCGCCGCCCCAGCCACGCCCACGCACCAAGUGGCCACAGUGAUAGCCAACAUGGACACCCUGAAGACCGCCUUUCUGCCCAAUCUCAGCAUGGACCCCAAUGUGCACGUGUCGCCGCACUAUUGUCCCAUGUGUCACCAGCAGUUCGAGCGGCCGCAGCACGUCGCCGAUCACAUGCAGCUGUGCCACGGGAUCACGCUGAACGCCCAGGGAGCCAUCGCCACGCUGGACGGUGGCCAUCCGCAGGCACAGCAGCACCCGCACCCCAAGCUCACCCACCCCUGCUUCAAUUGUGAUGAAAAGUUUGGCAAUGCCGUCGAUCUGGACGAACACCAUCGGCUGGCCCAUCAGACGUCCGCCUUCCUGGCCCGCUGCCUCAUAUGCAGCAUCUAUGGCAUCCACUCGGCCACCCAGCAGCCCAACGAGUACAAAUGCACGCAGUGCGGCUCCAUUUGCACCACCGCCAUGCUGGCUGCCGGACAGCAGGGCUUUAUGGAACAGCAGGAGGCGGCGGUGACGCCCGACGAUCAGCUGCCGGCGAUGGCGCCCCGUGAUAUGAGACUGACGCCCGAGGAGCAGCACCACCAGCAGCAACUGCAGGCGGAGCACCACCAUCAACAACAGCACCAACAACAACAGCAGCAGCAGCAGGAACUGCUGGAGCAGCAGCAGCGUGAAAUGCAGGAGCAGGCGCAACAGCAGCAGGUGCACCAUCAUCAGCAGGAUCAGGAUCUCGCCGGCGACCAGGUGUCGCUGAAGGUGCCACCACUCACCGUCAAGCUAAACAAGAACGCCAACGGUGGCGCCAUUGUGGCCCAUCCGCAGGUCAUUAUCAAGGAGGAGCCACUCAGCCUGAGCGACAGUGGUGAUGUUGUCAACUCUGUGCCCGUCUAUGCCAUACAAGCCAAUCCCGGUGUACCCGCUCCGGCCAGUUCAGGUGUGCUAGUCGGCACGCAAACGGUGCCCGCCGAUCUGGCGCACAAGAUCCGGCACAAAUGUCCGGAUUGUCCAAAGACCUUCAAGACGCCCGGCACGCUGGCCAUGCACCGCAAGAUACACACAGGCGAAGCAGACGCCACGCCCAAAGAACGCCCCUACACGUGCUCCUACUGCGGCAAGUCCUUCACUCAAUCGAAUACACUAAAACAGCACACUCGCAUACAUACAGGUGAGAAACCAUUUAGAUGUGGCUAUUGUGGCAGGGCGUUCACUGUUAAGGAUUACCUGAACAAACAUUUAACGACUCACACGGGAGAGAAGCCGUUCCACUGCGGUUACUGCGAGAAGUCCUUCAGCGUGAAGGACUAUCUGACCAAGCACAUACGGACGCACACCGGCGAGAAGCCGUAUACCUGUCCGUACUGCGACAAGCGCUUCACGCAGCGGAGCGCCCUCACUGUGCACACGACUAAGCUGCAUCCGCUCUAGGGAAGGCCGGGCGGUGGCCGCCAGAUACCCGUUCCUGCCCCAGCCGCUCCUCCUCCUCAUCCUCCAAAUCCUUCUGGUCAUGGUGCGCCGCCGCCGUUGUCCGCCGACACGGAUACAGAUCCCAAGAAGCCAUCUGCGGCGGCUGCGGCAUCGGCUUAGGACGAACUGCAGCGGAAACGGGAUGAGCAACCCAAAAAUGAAAGACCAUUUCAAAGACGAGACACACUCACGUAGACGGGAGUUAUGCAACUGCAGCGGAUGCAACGACUGCAACCAACGACUGGCAAAUCUCUUCGCAGUGCUGCUAGAUUAAAUUACUAAAUUAGAUACAUACCUUCAUUUCGGUUAACACAGAAGCAGAUGCAGAAACAGAGUUGUACUAAAUUAGCAUACAGUUCGUAGAAUGUUUAAGUUAUUGCAAUCGAUUUUUGAUUCUUAUUACUAUUUGGUUAUGUAGAUGUUUUGCAAUUUUAUUUUUAUACACCUAUGUAUAUCGUAUAUAAUAUUUUGUUAUUCUAUGAGAUUUUAUAUGGUGACAUAGCGCCAACUCACUUACGCGCGGAGCUAUACAGACACACACACACACACCCAAAACUACACACAACACACAUCUAUUAUUUAUAAAGAGAGAGAAAUUAUUUUUACUUAUAUACUUUGUGGCAAUAUUAUUUUUAUUACUUCCUGAAAUUGUAAAUGUUACUGAAAGCAGCAAAACAAAAAAAAGGUAAACUCAUGUCUACGCGCAAAACUUAAAUUAUUUUUAUAAAUUAUACAUAUAUUUUAUUCGAACUCAAAACAACACAAAAUUAUUUAUUCUACGUAAAAAACGUUUUUCAAAAUUUCGACUCGUAGCGGAAAUGGCGAAGGACCAAUACGAAAUUUAGUCAUUUCUCAAUUAUUUGCACGCGAGCAGGAUCUCGUUUGUUUUGGCUUUAAAAAUUUAUUUACUUUUAAUUAACUAAAUGAUCUAAUCAUUUUAGCUUGUUUUUAUUGAUGAAUGUUAACCAUUGUUUAUUUUUUAAAUUAUUUAAGUUGAAAGCGCUGCUUUUGUUUGUUAAACUAAACUAAACUUAACAGUGAGAUUGUAUAAAACUAUAAAAAAAAAGGAAAAACGAAAAACAUAACUAAGAAAUUAAUUUUACAAAAUUUGCAUUUUUUAACGCAAGACAAAAAGUAUUUAAGGCAAAUUGAAAUGAGAAAUCUACGCUAAACGCAACACAGCUUUAUGCGCCAAACUAGAAGAUUAAACAAAUUUAACAUAACGAUCUACACAAUUGAUACUUUUGAUAAAAAGAAAGCUUCAAGUUGUUUUUGUAAUAUAUAUAAAUAUGGAUUGAUCAUUUUUACGAAUACUUAAACGCGUUUUUUAAACCAGCAAAUGAUAACUUGCAAGAGUUGUACGUACUAAAACCGACUAAAACUUAAACUAAAACUGUAGCAAAACCAAAACCAUGUACAUUUUUAUAACAUAGUGUUAUAUAAUUAUAAAGUAUGCAUAUAUAUAAACCUGUAUCUAAUAUUAAUGCAUAAUACACUCAAACAAAUUGUCUACCUAAUGGCACAUAGCACAGCAACAAACGAUGCGCAGCGCAUGUAAAACCAAAAUAAAUUCUAAGUACUAAACUAUUGUAAUUCUUUAAGUUUUAAAUAAACCGAGAAGAGUUGACGAUCAAAAGCAAACAGCAAAACGCUAAUGCAGCAAAAAAAACGCCUAACUAACCGCAACACUGAGAAAAACCAAUUAACUCUGCUGUAAGUGAUUACCAAUGAAUGAGUCAUGUUGAAUGCGAUACGUACUAAAUAGCGACUAACUAUUAGUAUUAGAUCUUAGCCACGAAUCCAAAAACGAAGCCAGACAACAGACACACAGAAACAGAGAAACAGAGAAACAGAAACACGAACAUGAGCAAGUGAGUAAUUAGAAAUAAAAUUGUAAAAUUUAUUAUUAUUAAAUAUAUAAAUAGAUAUUACGAUUAUAAAUGUAUGUACGUGCAAUCUAAAUUUACGUGACAAAAUCUAGCAAAUAUUCGAGCAAUAUUUCAAUUAAAACUAUAUGAAAAGGAAUUAUAUAUAUAAAAAAUAAAGUCCAACCAUGUAGAAAGAUUA